AUGACAGAUUAUAACACAUUGACUGUGGCUCAAUUGAAGGAACAAUUGAAGGAAAAAGACUUGCCAGUGCAGGGAUUGAAGUCCGAACUGGUACAGAGACUCCAAGAAAGUGAUCAAGCACAAAGCAAUGGGUCGGAGAGUGAAAAAGCAUCCACACAAGACGAAGCACCCGCGGUUGAGACAGAAGAAAAGCAGUCCGCUGAGCCUGCGAUUCAAUUGACCAGUGAAACUUCUGCUGAAGCGGCACCGGAAAGCGCACCGGAAAGUGUACCGGAACCUGCAUCAGAAACGGUGCCAGAAACAGUGCCAGAAACAGUUCCAGAAACGAUACAGUCAUCGGAGACAAGGCCAGAAGAAUCCGCUGAAUCAGCUAAGCUCUCUGAAGAAGAAAUGAAGAAGCUAGCCUUGGAGACGCUUAAUAAGAAGCUGCACCGCAGUAAAAAAUUUGGGCAGGAUCCGUCUCAAAUAGAUGCAUUGAAUAAGAUGAUUACACGUGUUGAAAAAUUCGGCCUUGAUUUGAAAAGUUCAUUAGCUGUUGAGUUAGGACUAGCAAAAAAUUUGGUGGAACUGUCUAAACCUAAACCGCCUCAGAAGAGCAAGAACAAGAAUAUGAACAGAAAAAAAUUUCGUAGUAACAAGUUUAAUUCAAGGUAG